UGGAGAAGUGGGUGGCGAGGAAGAGAGGUGAGUGCCGCCGUAGAAGACGACGAGGACGAAGAAGAGGCGAACCUACUCCCAUAAAAUUUUAUCAGAGACCCAUAAAAAAAUAGUUUCAAAAUUAUUAAAUAACUAUGUAGGAUAAUUAUUUUAAAUGUUAACCUCUACCCAAAAAAAAAAAAAAAAAUGUUAACCAUAUGGCUUAUUUUAUCUAUAUUACUUUGUAAAUUUUUUUUAAAAUUUAUUUUAACCCGCACAACACUUAGUCUAAAAUCCACCCCAUUGCCAUCCCUAUUUUCGGGUCGCCCUGAAAUCACUCAAAAACCCACAACCCUAAAAUUCUACACAUUUCCAUUCUUCAAUCAAUUGUACCAAAACCCUAAACUUAAAAAAUGUACUUCAGCAAUCAUCUUAUACAUUCACUGAGAAUAAAAAACCAAAAAACCCAUGGCAUUUUCAUGCAAUUCAAAGCAUCAAUUUCAAGCCUAAAAGUAGCAUGGCGCAAAGACCCCAAGUUAGAUCAAGCAAUUGAAAACGACAAAAAAUGUAAUCAAUGUUCAAGAAUUGUCAAAGAAGUGUUAAACGAACCGGGUCAGGUAAUCCCACUUCACUAUUUGGAAAAACGCCGUGAUAGAUUAAGGUUAACAGUUAAAAUUAAAACUUUUCUUGAUUUAAACCCGGGUUUAUUUGAUUUAUAUAUGGAUCGGGUCAGACCCAAAUCGGAACCGGUAACGUUUGUUCGACCGAGUGAAAGAUUGAGGCAAUUCUUGGAAGAGGAGAAGAGGAUUUUUGUUGAUAAUGAAUUUUUGUUGGUGUCUAAGUUAUGUAAACUUUUGAUGAUGUCUAAGGACAAGGUUGUUAGUGCAGAUAAAUUGGUACAGGUUAAGAGGGAAUUCGGGUUCCCGAAUGAUUUUUUGGUUAAUUUAGUACCAAAAUAUCAAGAAUAUUUUAAGUUGAUUGGUGAACCUGGGGAGGGGAGAUCGUUUUUGCAGUUGGUUAAAUGGAAUCCAGAGUUCGCAAAGUCGGUCAUUGAGGUAAGAGCUGAGGAAGAAUCGAGGUUAACGGGGAUCAGAACUAGGCCAGCGUUUAAUUGGAAACUUCCACCGGGUUUUUUCAUUAGGAAGGAAGUGAGAGAGUGGAUUCGAGAUUGGAUGGAGCUUCCUUACAUAUCACCAUAUGCUGAUGUAUCACAUUUGGAUCAAUCUUCACGAGAGAUGGAGAAGAGGAAUGUGGGGGUUUUCCACGAGUUGUUAUCGCUUUCUCUUUAUAAGCGGAUUCCUAUCCCCAUUUUAGGGAAAUUUAGUGAUGAAUAUAGGUUUUCAAAUGCAUUCUCAAAUGUAUUUACUAGGCAUUCGGGGAUAUUCUAUACUUCGUUGAAGUGUGGGAUUAAAACUGCAAUGCUUAGGGAAGCAUUCAAGGAUGGUGAGCUGAUAGAACGAGACCCACUUCUUGAGAUUAAAGACGAAUUUCUUAAGUUACUUGCUGAGGGCCACAGGGAGAAAGCCGAGCGCUUGAGAUUGCAGAGAGAAAUGGUUCAGGAGGACAUGAAAAUGAUGGCACUUAGCAAUAAUGAUCUAGACUACGACAAAUGUGAAAAGGAGCUAUUGGAAGAGUAGGAAGAUGCAGAACCUUGAAAGCUAGCUUCAUCUUGAAAGUCAAGCUGGGUGUAAGUAGAAUUGCUAGUGAUGUCGGAACAAGGAGUUUUAGUAUGUAGUUUUGCAAUCCAAAGCACAAUGUAAUUUCAUGGGUCUCUGUGACGGGAUUUCCAUUUUGCAGUUCAUUGAGGACCUUCUUUGAUAAAAGAAGCCAACGAUGCCGUGCAUACGAUUCAGUUGUUUAACAUACGGAAAUGAAACUAGUAAAAUGAAGCUGGAUAUUGGUCCUAGAAGCCCUCUAGCAUUUGUUACUUUCAUCUGGUUCAUUAAGCAUGGUUCAGUGAAUUGUUGCAACUUGCGAACAGUUAGAGAGCACCUAUGAAACCUAAUGUAGCUUCUCAACUGUGAUUAUCCAUCUCCACAUCAAAACAGAAUGCUCUGAUGCCGAUCGGCACAGGAUUGCUUUCUAGAGUAGGAAGCUGUGUAACUUCCUGGGAAAAACAAACCAUCUCUCCCUUCGCUGCCAUAUUUGCUGCAGUCAUUUUGGUGUAUCUAGAAUGGCCAGAAUGGGUUACCAACAGGACCAAUUCCAGCAGGAAGGCGGGAAAAUCCACUGACUACUAUUCGACAUGGUUUGAGACCAACAAUGACUGGAGUCUUACAUUUGAUAAACCUUCUUUGGCAUGGCAUCUCUCUCUUCUCCCACACUCCCAAUACCCUCUAACUCUCAUUUUAAAGCUCGUUUGUUUCCCUUCCAUUAUCUUAAGGGCUGCAAGAGUUGCGAUGCGUAAUGUGUUUGGGAUGAAAUAAUGAGAACUUGACCGUCUUUCUCUUUAUGCUCUGUGAUGGAGGAUUUUAGUGCCUUAUCUUCUGUUUACGUUGAAGGAGAGCCUUGGAGUAACUGGUAAAGUUGCUGCCAUGUGACCAGGAGGUCACGGGGUCAGCCCUUGGAAACAGCCUCUGACAGAAAUGCAAGGCGUCUUCAGUUCAAUGUGAAUGGAUGCAUUUUGAAAGGAGAAUUGAGCAUUGGGGAUGAAGAAUUCACAAUAAAUUUGAGUGAUGCAAUAUGGAUUAGGGUAUUCUGUUGCCAAACCUACAAAUAUAGACCCAGUGCAUAAUGAGAGAUGGUGAUGCGAGGAUUGUGGAACUUGAUAUAUAAUAUGAGGCGAUAAAAUCAUUGAUCAUAUCAACUUAGUACAUUUUUUUGACUAUAUGCCCUAUUUGGUUGUCCUGGUAUCAUAUGUAUUUGCUUCUAUGUUUCUUAAAAGUACCAAUAUUUAACGAUCUCAAAGUAUCCUUAGGUGUUCCAAUUUGUAAUGUGAUUUAAUAAAGAUAUUGUUGAGGGCUCUACUUAGUGGACCUGCAUUCAUCUCUUGGUAUUAGAAGUAUAUUAUGUUUCUAGCAAA